AGGGGAAAAAAACGGGCUUCCAUGACUCAGCGGGGUUCAGUUAGCGACGACGGGUGUUUGUUGCAACUUCGGUCGUUGAGGGAACUGGCUCGCGCUUUUCCCCCCAGUCACCAGGGAACUUUCACUCUGGUCUCGUCCUCUCUCGACGGAGGAGCGAGCCCAGCGCGUCGUUGUUCGAGUCUGUUUCUUGCGGCCAAAGGGGAAACGGGAGGUGAAAUUGUGGAGUAUCACAACGCGUUGGAGCUUCAACUCGUGAGGGAAGCCGGCGGAGCAGACGCGGGCAAAAGAGCUAAAGCAAAACCCGAUCGAGAAGCCCAGCUUGGAGCCAGCCGCCCUCCCUGCCAGCGACCGAAAAAGCCUCCCGCCCGCCAGAGCAGGCAGCUUCCCCGCGAAGAGAGCGCCGCGUCACGUGCUCGGCGCGGCGCUUGUCUCCACCGCCCGCUCCGGGGCUUCUGAGCCGCCCGGCUGGUCCCCGCUCCUGCCUCUCCGGUGUUAUAAAAGGAGGCGCCCGAUGGCGGCCUCCCAGCCCAGCCGUCUCAAGCCUCUCGCAGCAUGAGCGGACCACCGAUCCUGGCGCUGCUCUUCCUCACGCUGGCCCUGCUGCUCAGCCCGCCCGCCGGGGCGUGGUACAAGCAGGCAGCCGGCCCCAGCUACUACUCGGUGGGCAGGGCGUCGGGGCUUCUCUCGGGCAUCCGCCGUUCCUCUUACAUGCGCCGCUCCGACGACAACGGCGUCGCGGACAGUAGCGCCGAGGACGGCCCCGCCAUGUCCGAGUCGCGGCAGAAUUUAGGCGGGCUGCGCAACUUGGCAGUAUGUGUGAAGGAAGUGGCUCCAGAACUGCAAAGCUGCCAGCUACUGCCUGGUGUGCCCAGCAUCAUUCAGUGCAAGGCAGAUGUCACUGUCUCUUUGGACCCCACUGACUGUACUAUCCCAUGAACCUUGAGCAGGUGGCCUUCCCUAUAAAUUCUAUGGAGGCACCUGGAAGGGGGGGGGGAGGGACAGGCAGGCAAGAGAUGGAUUUACUCUCUGUGUCAAUGGUGGUUGGAUUUGCGGGUGGUGAGGAAUAUGGUUUUAUUUUUAUUUUUUCUGCAUCUGUUAAUAAAUGUGUUUUAAAAGGCU